AUGCUGGGCACCUUGUCAGAGCUUUGCCUACAUGCACAACCCAAUGCAACACACCACCUCCUCGUCCACCUCUUCCAGCUCAAACUCCUUUGCCGCUCUUAUACACAAAAUGUGGAUGAUCUUGAUGCCAAGGCAGGCCUUCCUCAAAUGGAUGAUAAUGGCAGGUGGGCUCAUGUUACUCUUCAUGGCUCUCUCAAGUCAUUAUACAACCGCACCUUAAUGUGUGACAUAUGUUCCAAGACAUGCAUGCUUACUCUGGAUCAUAUCACCAUGUUCAAAGAUGGCAUGUACCCUGAAUGCACCAGAUGCAUAGAAGAAGGUGAGACCAGAAUCAUUUCCCAUUCAAAAUUG